UGUGUGGCAUUGCUAAGUUCUUGUCAUCACAUUGUACAAGGACCUAUAGUUGUGUAUCAAAUGUAUUCUUGAUGUCAUUAUUCUUUGACAGGUAUGUGCCAUCUUUUCUGCCACCUCCAUCUCAUGGAAGAGAACUUGAGGAAAAGGAUGAUGAGAAACCUAGGGAGAAAGAGAAGGGGAAAAGUCGUUAUAUUGAUAAGUUUUUGGAGGAGCUGAAGUUUGAGCAAGAACUAAGGGAGAAGUGCAAUCAAGAGUGUGACGAGCGGCAUACAGAUACUGGUGUUGUAAGUACCUGUGAGAAAUAUUUCUCUAGAAAGUGCAAAGUGAAUAAUACACUGGCAUUUUUCUUUGUGGUAAAAUGAGAAAAAGUUGGGGAAAAAUUGUUGUUGUAUGAGAGCACUAAGACAGGAAUAUAUUUGCAUUAAAAUAGUAAACAUGCAAUAAAUAGGUAAAUAAAAGAGUAAAGUCCAGAAAUAGUUAUCCUCCGGUUGAAACGUCGGCAUGUCGACUGCCUUUAGAUAAUAUAUUGCCGCCCACGGUGCUGAGACUCUCCAGCAAAAUUCUCCCAAGAUCCGACAACCACUCACGUCGUCCGUAGGUGCACUCCAAGACGAACGUCGCACUCCGAACCCAGCGGAACGGAAGGAGGAGAAAGCAGGAAAGCAGACUGCAGAGAGCGCAAGAACCACGCAGCAUUUAUUCACUCCGAAGCACUGCUUCGCCAGCGAACCCGUGCAUCGGUUCCCUCACGCGGGACUGACAAAAACAAACCAGGCCGUCAAUAAGGAGGUUGUUUUACUUAAAGAUUUAUG